AUGGUGAAGGCAACGAAAGCCGAGAAGAAGAUCGCUUAUGACGCGAAGUUAUGUCAGCUUGUCGACGAGUACUCUCAGAUCCUGGUCGUUGCCGCUGACAACGUCGGAUCGACUCAGUUACAGAGCAUCAGGAAGGGUCUUCGUGGAGACUCAGUGGUGCUCAUGGGAAAGAACACUAUGAUGAAACGUUCGGUUAGAAUUCACUCUGAGAACACCGGAAACACUGGAAUCCUUAAUCUGCUUCCUCUCCUUCAGGGGAAUGUUGGUUUGAUCUUCACCAAGGGUGAUCUUAAGGAAGUGAGCGAAGAGGUUGCUAAGUACAAGGUUGGUGCUCCUGCUCGUGUGGGUUUGGUUGCCCCAAUUGAUGUCGUUGUCCAACCUGGAAACACUGGUCUCGACCCAUCCCAGACAUCUUUCUUCCAGGUUCUUAACAUCCCUACUAAGAUUAACAAGGGUACAGUCGAAAUCAUCACCCCUGUGGAGCUCAUCAAGCAAGGUGACAAGGUCGGUUCUUCUGAGGCUGCCCUUCUAGCCAAGCUUGGCAUCAGGCCGUUCUCAUAUGGUCUAGUUGUCCAGUCGGUUUACGACAAUGGCUCUGUCUUCAACCCAGAGGUUCUUAAUCUUACAGAAGAUCAACUUGUGGAGAAAUUUGCUUCUGGUAUAUCCAUGGUCACUUCCUUGGCUCUAGCCAUCUCUUACCCUACCCUUGCUGCUGCACCGCACAUGUUCAUCAAUGCCUACAAAAAUGCAUUAGCUAUCUCUGUUGCCACUGAGUACACUUUCCCUCAAGCAGAGAAGGUCAAGGAGUUCUUGAAGGAUCCUAGCAAGUUUGUGGCUGCUGUAGCCGCUGUGUCUGCUCCAGCAGGUGGUGAUGCUGCUGCCGGAGCUGCCAAGGUAGAGGAGAAGAAGCCAGAAGUUGAAGAGUCCGAUGAAGAAGACUAUGGUGGUUUCGAUAUGUUCGGUGAGGAAUAG